AAGAUGGCGGCGGCUGAAGCGCGGAUAACAAUGGGAAACGGGAGGCUCGGUUGUCUCUGGGCCUGAACUAGGAGCGGGGCAGGAGAGAUAAAGUUGGUAGUGGGUCGCCAGGCUUGAGUCCAGGAAACAGGGCUUCAGCCCCUCGGGGAGUGGGGCGCCCCCGCCUGGAAAGAGUGGUGGCGGCGGCGGCGGCAGCGGCAGCGGAGGAGGAAGAGGAGGAGGAGGAGGACGGAGCGUUGGGGCUGAGGGCUGCCCGGCAUCCCUCGCCACCAGCCAUGGCGGAGUGAAGAGCAACCGAGUCUUGUGUCCUUUUUCUCUUGUCCUCGGCUCAUGGUUCUGCCUCCCUGCCCCAUGGCGGAGUUCGUGGUGCCGCGGCACAGCGCGGUAAUGGAGCGACUCCGCCGGCGGAUCGAGUUGUGCCGGCGGCAUCACAGCGCCUGUGAGUCCCGCUACCAGGCCGUGUCGCCCGAGCGCCUGGAGCUAGAACGCCAGCAAACCUUCGCCCUUCACCAGCGCUGCUUGCAGGCCAAGGCCAAGCGAGCUGGGAAGCAUCGCCAGCCGCCCCUUCCUCCCCCGGCAGCCCCGUCGCAGCCGGCUUCCUCUGCUCCAGCCCCGGGUUCCGUGGGCUCUGCCUCUACCUCUGUUUCUUCCGACAGGCCCGGAAUCAACGGCCUGGACGCCGACACCGCGGGCGGUGAACAGCAGCAACAGCACGGCCGUAGCAGUGCUCUCAUCGCGCAGCUUCAUGAAACAGUGAAAAGGAAGCUUGAUAGUUCUGUUCCUCCUCAGAAUGGUGACCAGCAGAAUGGCUAUGGGGACAUGUUUUCUGUGCCCAAAAAACGUCACGAUGAUAGUCUUGGUGGGUUGAGUGGCUCCACUAAUGGUAUCCCUCCUGUAUCACCUCUGCACCAGCUGGAUAGCAAACCUUCCGGUGCAGACACUUUACAGCUUAAUGGAAAACUUUCCAUGGGGCUAGAUGGCAUCAGCAAAAAGUGUCUGCCAGAUUCUAACCUUCAGCUGAAUGGAAGCAGUGAUGCUGAUGACACGUUUGCUAUGGUUAUUAAUAAAGAGCUCAAACAGGAACCGGAUGAUCUUCCUUGUAUGAUUUCGGGACCAGGAAGUUCUAUCCCUUCAAACAUUUUGAUGCCAGAUCUUAACCUUAAUGAGCAAGAAUGGAAGGAGCUCAUUGAUGAGCUCAACAGAUCAGUGCCUGAUGAAGACAUGAAAGAUCUUUUUACUGAAGACUUUGAGGAAAAGAAGGAUGUUGAUUCUUCAAAUUCAGCUGCACAAACCCCAUUACCGCAAGACAUCAUUAUAAAGACUGAAUUUUCCCCAGCGGACUUUGAACAAGAACAGAUGGGAUCUCCACAAGUUAGAUCUGCUUCUUCUGGCACAACAUUUAUUGGUACCUCUUCUGUCCCUGUUAGUGCAGCUUCUCCAGCAGUUAGUAAUUCUCAAACUAUGUUUCAGCCAUCCAGUCAGUCAGUGACUGAAAAUCCCAACCAAGCCAUGAUGCAGCCAUCAAACCAGUCUCCAAAUGUGCAGAGGCCUCUGUCUAGUUCACUGUUGUCCGGACAAAGUACAGGGAGUGCCAAGGAGAUGUCAUCUGCUAAACAACUUCAACAGAUAGCUGCCAAGCAGAAGAGAGAUCAGUUGUUACAGAACCAACAACAGGUACACCAACCUAACCAGAUUUCUAGCUGGCAACAGUCUGGCUCUUCUCACAGUCCGUUGACUGUCCCAUACACGAUGGAAAAUCCUACUAGCCCUUCCAUUUAUCAACAAGACUUCAGUAACCAGAAACUCAUGAUGUCUAGUAUGCCAAACAAGAGUUCUCCCAGGGCUGGAGGCAAUUAUCAUGGUGGAAAUAUAUUAAGCCAUCAGCCAAAUACUCUGAACCAGAACUCUGUGUCUAAUCAAAGCUCUGUACUAGACUAUGGGAAUACGAAACCUCUUUCACACUAUAAAGAAUGUGGGCAAGGAGUUACAAUAACUGGACAGAACAAACCCUCUAUGUUGGCAUAUAUGCAGCAGCGCCAACAAUCUACACUGCCUCAUAUGAGUGAUGAGCAGAAUGGAAUGUUUGUAAUGAAGAAGUCUGGAAGUAUCGCUUAUAGGCCUCUGGUUUCACACAGCCAGGAUCAAAAUCCUUCUGCUGGUGUUCCUCGCAUUCCUGUUUCUGUUCCUGGUCCUGGUGUGAAUGCACAGCCUCCUAAUGUUUCCAUGGCAGGUAACCAUGGUAACACAACCUAUCUCAAUAGUCCGCAGCAAGCAGCUGUAAUGAAGCAGCACCAACUUCUACUAGAUCAGCAGAAACAGAGAGAACAGCAACAAAAGCAUUUGUUAAUGGAACAGCAGAAACAGUUUCUAAUGGGACAGAGGCAACUUCUUGCUGAACAGGAGAAGCAAAGACGCCAUCAGGAGCAACAACUCCAGAGACAUCUCACUCGUCCACCCCCUCAGUACCAAGAUCAGACACAGAAUCCAUACCAACAGCAGGUUGGACAGUUCACAGGCUCAUCUCCAGCAAUGGCAGGGGUGAAUAAUUUAGGCCAGUCCAACUCCAGUAGUCCACGCAUGUUUUCUCAGUCCCAGAACAUGAUUCAGAUUGGAACUGGGCAUAGUUCUGUUUCAACAAGCAGCAGUCAGCAGGAUAGAGGAGUAACUCAGUAUCCUGGCAUGCAGAACAUUCAGCGAAGUAGUUUGUACAACAUGGCAUCAAGUAUGACACAGAUGGUUCCACAGCAUGCGAAUCCAAGUGCCAAUGGACAGCCACAGAUGCAAAGACAACCCAAUUUGGCUCAGAGCACUACUCUUCCUGCUGGAUAUGGACAGAGUACCUUAGGAAACACAAACAUUUCUCAGCCACACAGUAAAGGAGCACUGAAUCCUACACUAUCCAAGCCCCAGAUGGCAAGAAUGCCAACAGCUCUUGGGACCCAAAAUCCCUCCUGGCAACACCAAGGUAUUUCCAACAUGAACAACCAGGCACAAGGAAAUACUGGUUUAGGGACAUUUACUGCCAGCUCCACUUUCCAUAUGCAACAGACUCAUCUAAAGUUGACCAGUCAGCAGUUUGCGCAAGGGAUGCCUCAGGUAAGCCUCAACACCAGCAGGCCAAUGGCCUCUAUGAACUCAGCUGUCUCUGGACAGAUGCUGUCAUCCAUAGGUGCCCAGCAGAGGACAAACUCAUCCUCCCAGCAGCCAGUCCCAUCACAACAGGUCUUGCCAGGCAUGAGUCAAGCUGUCCCAGAUCUGACUUCUUUCAGCCAGAAUCAGAGUCAGCAACUGCCCAACAGAACUAAUCUGCACUGUAGUCAGGGUUAUCCAGUGAGGACAGCCAGUCAGGACAUGCCGUUUGCCUACAACAGUCCAUCUGGAGGCAAUGGACUACAGAGCUUACCCGGAGAUACAGAUCUCAUAGACACCUUGUUGAAAAACCGGACUUCAGAAGAGUGGAUGAAUGAUCUGGAUGAGUUGUUAGCGAAUCAUUAAAAUGCGGUUGGGGUUUCCCUCCAUGAAUAUUUUUUUAAUUACAAACUAUCUUUGGACCAAAUACCUGUGGCAUUAAGAAGAUUCACAGGUACUAGUGGGAAUGUAUUGGAGCUGCUACCUUCUGGGUUUAACAGCAUGAGAAGGAUGCACCAAUUUGCUAGGAAAUAACUUGGUUGUUGUUUUAGCGUGUCUGGAACACUGCACAUGAAAAUAUUCUCUAUUAGUUUGGUGUACUUCCCAGCCAGCCCUUCAGAAAUUUCACUUUUAACAGUGUUUUGCAUUUUGAAGAUUUAAGUGCAAACCCAUGCAGCGGUGGUGCAGAAAGUUAAGCCAGCAUCAAAGACUCCAUAUAUAUAUUCAGUGUUAAAGUAAUCUUUCCUGCAACUACUACUUGACAGAUUUUUUAAUGCUAAUUUGGCCCACUAAGUAGUGAACGUAACACCAUACCAACUUUUUAUGAGGAAAGAAUGUGCAACCCUUGUUCCUUUGCAGGAUCUUCUCUCAUUUUGAGAGGACAGUCUUCUGGUCAACAGUGAUCUGUGUGCCUGCAUUCUCAGCAAACAAAAUGUGAGCGUUGUCAGUAAUCACUAAUGGCUAUCUGUGCUGUCAGUUGUCAAGUGUUAAAACAUGUCCAGUGGUAGGUUCCUGUAGACUUAAACUAGGGGCCUCAGUCUUAAUUGGCUUAUCGCUUACUAAGCUAAGCAGUUUGCACUCUGCUGUGGAGGGAGGUUGAGCGCUUGAUUUUUAGAGGAUUUUUUAAAAUUGGAGAAUCGGACUUAAAAUCAACUGUGUGCACUUUUUCAAUCUCCUUUCCAGCAUUUAUUAAAAGAGAGUUGAAUUCAUCCUCUCUAAUUCAGAGGCCAUUUAUAAUUAACAAUGUCUUUGUUGUCACACACAUGCUGUACCAAUAAGAACAGAAUCUCUCUUUCUUUUGGUUGAGUAUGUGAAGCAAGCCUUGUGCCUUGAAAGUUACUAACAUGAAAAGCUGCAAUAAUGGCACAGGAAGCUGGGUGAGGCAUAGUACUUUAAUAAAGGUUGUUCCAUUGUGAGAUUGCCCCACCCUUUGGGGAAGAACAGUGACUUGCUCUCUUUAUAAAUAUGUAGACUAAUUUCCAGCAAAGCAGAUGCUGCUAUUUCAUCAUGGUCCAUGGAGAUGUCUUCAUGGAUGAGUUGGGUCAGUCCCAUACAGGGCAAGAAAAAGAGAAUUGUUCUUAAUGUUUUACCAAAAAAAAAAAAAAUCUUCUGCUUGCCAACAAGCCACCUUUUGCCUUAACCUUUAGUUUUUAAAGGUAAUAAAUUUGAAAGUUGUUUUAGAUGCACAGAUACCUCUCUGUUCCCUACUCUGGGUUUGGUUUUGUUCUUUAAUGAACAGAACUAUUUACCUCUUGCUAUAAGAAUCCUUAAUUCAUCACAUCUACAACAGAAUCACAAAAUUUCCUUCACAUAUGGCAUAUUCAGAGCGUUUCUGCACAAGAAAAGUGUGAAAAUUUAAGUUUGGGAUAUUUUGAGGGGAAUGGUAAAUCCAUAGGAAAGAGAUCAUAUUUUACUGUAUCUGCAGUGUUUUUCCUCAAAUCUGCACUUUGGAAAAAAAAUCUGCUUUAACACUACUUUUUGUAUUUAAUCUUUCCCGUUGGUUUUGUUUUAUGUACUUGCCACCCAUGAGCAAGUUUCAUAUGCUGUGCUAAACAGAUUUUUGUAUUGUAUCUUGAUGAACUGUUGAUGGGGAAUAAAUGGUGAAAGCUGCAUGUUGACGAGUGGUUCCACUGCUGAAUGUCCAAACUGAAGUAAUUUGCAUUACUUGUAUAUUUUCUAAGAGGUGCUUAAUUUAAUGAAUGAAAAAUAGGUGUUACUGACAUUGUAAGUAAAUUAGAUUAUAGUUGAAUUUACUAAUCCUUUCCGUAAGUCAGCAGUUGAAUUAAGUUGUUUCAAUGAGCUUGGCUUAAUCAAAGAAUUGGUCCAAGAUGAAUGUCAGCAGAAAAAUCUCCUUCGACUCUUCAUAGCUGCUUUUUUUUGGCCAGGGAAAGUUUGGGUGGGGGGAAGUCAGAAGUAAUUGUACUCAUUUUGUAAAUGUUGGGGAAUUUUGCACCAGUGUGCCUUCUUUUUCUUAUUGGAGGUACGUGGGACCUCAUAGUUCUUAGCUGUCUUGGUUCUACUGAUUUCCCCCCUUUGGCACACUGAAAAAUAACAGGUUUUAUGGAAUUUGAGUAUUAAAUUCUAGAUUGAUUUCCCAAUAAGAAUUUAGGUUAAAAGAAAAUACCACAUUUUAAAUUUCUAAUGCUACAGUAAGAAUUUGAUGUCCACUAAGAGACUGAUGCCCCCCCUAACUUUAUUGUAGUUACAUAGGGCUUUGUCAACUGCAGGUUUAUACAUUUUAACUUCUGUUCAGAUAUAACAUUAAGCAAAUUGGAAUAGACUACUUUGGACUAGAAUAUUUGAACAAAUCUUUUAAAACUUGGGUUUAAUUUUUUUUUUUUUAAUUCUAGUACACACAACAGCCCUUUGGUUCCUGUCCAUCUGUAAUUGUUCAGCUCCUUAAAAUACAGCCUUGGUGGAACAAUAUUAAUGUGCUGUUCAGUUAUCAUUGAGCAUGAAGGCUGGGUGGGGAAAGGUUAAGUGCUGUCCUUCAGUCACUUGUAGCAGUUCAUACAUGAAUAUAUGCACUUCGGCUUUCCAUUUGCUGCAGCUUAAGAGCAAUAAGAGGUGGCUCCCUGAGCUUUACCUAGCCUGCUGCCUCAGCUUUAUUUAUAGACAGUGGUCAUGGACAGGUGAGGCGGUGUGAAAAUGUCACUGUUCGACUUCCACUGGCUUCCACAGACCCCACAACUCAAUUGAAAGGGUGCUCAGUUUUCUAUUCUACACAUUUUCUUUGUGUAAAUAAAUGUUUACAGUUUUAUAUUAAAUAUUGAAUAAGAGUUAGAUCUUCUGAGUGUAUAUUUUUUACUUUUUAUAGAUUUUAAAACUAUAAUUCUUUAUAUAUAUGUUGGGGUGGUUAUGAUACGUUUUACACUUGUUUAAAUUGUGAACAGUUCAAAUUUAAUGCUAACCCUUUUUGUCAUUGAAAUGUAUAAAGAGCCCAUUAAUCCAGUCUUUUCUUUAACUACAAUUACUGUGGCACACCAAAAAGAAAUCUUUUCAUUUCUGUUAUGUCAUUAUAAAAAAUAAAUAUUUUGCUAGUGUAUUAAA